AUGAGUAUAUAUGAGUACUUCCUCAAGAGGAGGAGGUCUCAGGCUGGCUGGAACGCUGUGAUUCUGACUCUACAGGCCGCGCCAUGCCAGCUGCCGCUCCCCUCCGGAGCCGCCCGUGCCCGGGCCGGGCGUGUCCCGUGUGUGACGCCUGGGCGCGUUCCACGGUCGCUGUCCCCUCUCGGACCCGCGGAUCCCGUCCCCACGGCAGCUUCCCCGGCCGGGGCUUCCCGCGGUGUGUGCCGAGCGCAGCGCCAGGCCGCCGAGCCCCGCGCCAUGGUGCUGCUGGACCUGCACAGCGCGGCCGCCAGCGCCGACCUGGCCCGGCUGCGGCGGCACUGGUGGCUCAACAAGCACCGCAUCAAUGGCUGCAACCGGGACAAGCAGACUCCUCUGCAUCUUGCUUGCAUAAAUGGCCAUGCAGAUGUUGUUCAGUUUCUGGUAGAAAAUAAGUGCAAGCUAAAUCCUUGUGACAAAUUGGAUAAAUCACCACUAAUGAAGGCAGUAGAGUACCAGCACAGGGACUGUGCAGCUAUUCUGCUGGAACAUGGUGCCAACCAUGACCACAGAGGUGUAAAUGGUAACACCGCCCUUCACUUUGCUGUCAUGGUUUCUAGCAAAUCUCUAGUGGAGCUGUUACUUGAGCAUGGUGCAGAUAUUGAUGCUAAGAAUAAGUGGGGAUACACUCCGCUUACUCUUGCAAUCACCGAAAAUUGUGAAGAAAUGGUCAAGUUCCUUCUUCAAAAAGGAGCUGAUGUGAAUGCUCAGGAUAAAGUCUAUAGGACACCUCUUACAGUUGCUACUUUUUCUGGGAAUAAGAAAAUAAUACAACUUCUUCUUCAAUAUGGUGCUGUUUUUCCUGAGUCAGACAAGGGACUCAACCCAUGUCAACCUUUCACCAAAAUGGUUCAAGAUGAUGUUAUUGCUAAUGAAAAAAUUGGGAGCUCCUGCUAUGAGACAACUCCUGUCUUUCCCUUGGAAACACCUGCAUUGGCAGAGUCAUGUGAUGUGCCAAAAGAAGAAGCAGCAGAAAAGAAAGACAAGGGUCCAGCUGCAGACCAAAAUAAAGUGUCUGCGUGCUCUGUUAGAGUACCGCCCUACAGAGGAGACUACAAAGCAGAAGGAGCAGAGAAAAAGGAAGACAAACGCACCAUCUGCAACCCUGAGACUGAUCCUAAAGGUCAAAGGAAAGUGCAGGCCAGUGCACGGCAUCCUGCUGCAACCAGCACCAGGUCGUAUGCACGCUCUGCUGCAGUGGAGCGUGGCAAAGGUGUCUUGCCAGCGGCAUCAGGAGAAGCUGAAAAGGAAGACAGUGAUUCCUCCUGGUGUUCUGAGCAUCUCAGUAAUCUUAGAGACAAAGCGAUUAACCCUGUGCAGCGUCCUGCUGGAAAAUGCAGUAGAGUGGGCGUGCGCUCUCUUGCUGAGAAGCGUGGCAAAGGGGUCUUGCAACCAACAGGAGGAGCAGCGAAAAAGGAAGACACUGAUUCUCCCUGGGAUUCUGAGACUGAUCCUAAAGAUCAAAGGAAAGUGCAGGCCAGUGCACGGCAUCCUGCUGCAACCAGCACCAGGUCGUAUGCACGCUCUGCUGCAGUGGAGCGUGGCAAAGGUGUCUUGCCAGCAGCAUCAGGAGAAGCUGAAAAGGAAGACAGUGAUUCCUCCUGGUGUUCUGAGCCUUUUUCUGCAAUUGUAGAAGAAGUGUUUGCCGGCAGGCAGCGUCCUCCUGCAGACCGCAGAGGAGGGAGCAUGCGCUCUGCUGCAGCGGAAUGCAGCAAAGGGGUCUUGCAACCAGCAGGAAGAUCAAGAGAAGAUGAUAAUUCUUGGGAUUCUGAGACUGAUUCUGAAGGUGAAGGGAAAGUGUCGGCUGCUGUCCAGCUUCCUGCUGCAAACAGCAACAGGUUGGAUGUGUGCUCUGCUGCAGUGGAACGUGGCAAAGGAAUCUCGAAACGAGUAUGGAGAGAAGUGAAAAAGGAAGACAGAGUCUUGCAGCCAGCAGGGGGGGAAGCAAAACAGGAAUACAGUGAUUCCCCCUGGGAUUCUGAGACUGAUUCUGAAGGUCGAAGGAAAGCCUCAGCCAAUGUGCAGCUUCCUGCUGCAGACCAAAACAGAGUGGGUGUGAGCUCUGCUGCAGUGAAGUGCGGCAAAGGUAAUUUCAGAGGGUCUACAUGGUUACCUUUGUAG